AUGUAUCAGACAAAAUCAGUGCCUAUUCCGCGAACACCGAAAAUUGGUAAUGUUUUGACACCAUUAAGGAGAUUACAUGAUCUCAUCAUGGAAGCCUCAGAUCCACGCAGUACGAAUUACGAGCACUCGAAACGCGUUUGGAUGGAUAUGAAAACGAAGAAAAUAUUACUCUCAUCCGAUUCAUUCAAUGCGAUACAUGACUGUGCAAUCUUUAAAAGUGUACCAACAGAAUUCCAAAACACCCACCUAGCGGAUGAAACUAUCGAACGACAGAAUGCGGACGAGAAAUUUUUUCCAUUUCAGGAUAUGUGA